CAGUCCUUUAUCUUCCCCCUUUUCCCUUGGAAUACGAGGAAUGACCUUCUUGGCGUGGAAGCUGCGAGGCAGGAGGAGGAGGAGGAGGAGGAAAGCCCUCUCGGACGGACGGAGGCGGCGCGUCCCAGGGUCUCUGCUCCCCCCGCCUCGCGCCCUACUCGGGGAGCCGGCAAGUUCCCUCCGGGCGCUUCCUCCUCCUGAGCAAAACCCACCGGGCUUCAUCUUGGAGAGGAAGAGCUUGGACUCAUGACAAAGUGGAAUGAGUGAGGAAUAUGUGAGGUUGCGUCUCGCUCUCAGGAGGAGAGAGAGUGGGGCCCUGAGCCAUGAGAUCCCGCUGAAAAGGGCAAUAGUUAUAGCCAGAUAGAUAUAUCAGGUGGCAUAUAAAUAUGGCAGAUACACAGAUCAAAUAAAUGUUUUGAAUGGAAUACGAGGCCCCGUUGUUCCUGACUAUGGAGCUAAGCAACUCCAGCAGGCUGGGCUCCUGCUUCCGCCCAGGCAACGUCAGCAAGGAGGGGCAACUCAUCGCCUCGCCGUGGUUCUCCACCACCUUCGGCCUCAUCGGCCUCUGCUCCAACCUCUUUGCCUUCUGCGUGCUGGUCAGCUCCUCCCGGAAGAUGCACAGCGGCUCCCGCUCCUCCUUCCUGGUCUUCCUGUGCGGCCUGGUGGUGACGGACUUCAUGGGCCUCCUGGUGACCAGCUGCAUCGUGGUGCCCUACCACUUCAUCCGCUUCCAGUGGACGGCGGUGGACCCUGGCUGCCACCUCUGCAACUUCAUGGGCCUCGCCAUGGUCUUCUUCGGGCAGUGCCCGCUGCUGCUGGGAGCCACCAUGGCCGGGGAACGCUUCGUGGGCAUCACCCGGCCCUUUUCCCGCUCCACUCGCCUGUCGAAACGCCGAGCCUGGAACCUGGUGGGCUUGGUGUGGGCCUUGGGCUUUUCCCUAGGCCUCUUGCCCCUCUUGGGCCUGGGGGAUUACACCUUGCAGUACCCCAAUUCCUGGUGCUUCCUGACUCUGUUCCACGAUGCCAAGAAUGUGACCUUCUGCUUUGCAUUCGCCCUGCUGGGCAUCUUCUGCGUGGGCCUCUCCUUCGUCCUCAACACGGUCAGUGUGGUGACCCUCUGCCGGGUCUACCACGACUCCGAAUCUGUGCAGCGUCGGCGGGACAGCGAGGUCGAGAUGAUGGUUCAGCUUGUGGGGAUCAUGAUUAUUGCGAGCGUCUGCUGGCUCCCUCUGCUGAUAUUCAUUGCCCAAACGGCACUGAAGACGCCUCCUGUCGGUUUCGCCCCCAACCAGAUUCCCCGUGAGACCGAGAAGAUGCUGCUGAUCUACCUGCGUGUGGCCACCUGGAACCAGAUCCUCGACCCCUGGGUCUACAUCCUGUUCCGCCGGGCGGUGCUGAGACGCAUCUACCCCAGCUUCAAACCUCGGCCCUCUAUCAUCUCUCUGUACCCCACGCUCAACCCAUCCCUGCGGCGGAAAUUUACCCAGGAGUCUGUGCUCCCAUAAGAAUGGUCCUUCAGAUUCUACGGCCCCUCCCCAGCAAGGCAGAAGCCACCCAUUACAGAAACGGGAAGUGGCUUUGCUCCCAUAUACCACUCACUGCUGCAACCUGGCUGUCACCACAGGGAGAAGC